UGGAGUACACAUGAGACACACGCCUUUAUAAUCCUUCAGCACCAAAAACAAACAAAGUUAUCUAUCUAAUUAUUAAAUAAUAACAUGAAAAAUAUCUUGUGAUAACAGUUCUGUGAUUUAACGAAUAUUUUAUGAGAAUAAGUUUAAGUAUUUAGAAAAAUAUAUUAAAUUGUGAUAAAGACAAUUAAGAUUAACUUAAAAACAUGGUUAUUUGUGCAAAGUGGUUGAUUUUGAUUGGAAUAACAGCGUUGCAGGUUUCCGAUUCAAAUUGUCAACGAAACCAGGAGAAGAAGGAAAAGAAACCACAAUCAGUACGAGACUUGCUCAACACAACGUCAUGCAUCCCGCCUCCAUACCGGUGUCCGCAUCCGAAAAUGCAUUUUUAUUUAUACACGAGAAAAACGCAAGAAAAAGGCGAGCUCCUGAACACGCUCGACAACGAUUCCCUCACGUAUUCAAAGUUCAACCCCAUUCAUCCGACCAAGAUAGUGGUGCACGGCUUCGGCGGCGGUCGGAACCUGUCUCCAAGCACUGACAUGAGGAACGCUUACUUCACCAGAGGCAACUACAACAUCAUCAUUGUGGACUACGGGUCGCUCGUCAAGGAGCCGUGUCUUAGUCAGAUAGAAUGGGCUCCGCGUUUUGCUGGGAUGUGCAUAGCGCAGCUGGUCGACUACCUGCACUUCCAUCCAGUGAAGCCAGUCGCCCCAGAGCACCUGCACACAAUCGGGUACAGUGUGGGUGCGCAUAUCCUGGGACUAGUCGCCAACUACGUUACUGAUGGGAAGCUGGGAAGAAUUACCGGACUAGACCCAACGAUAUUGUUCUACAUGGGCAACAACCGAUCCCGAGACCUGGACUACACAGACGCAUUGUUUGUGGACAUCCUCCACACGGGUGCCGGUAUCCUGGGCCAGUGGGGGCCCAACGGGCACGCUGACUUCUACGUCAACGGGGGGUCCAGCCAGCCUGGAUGCGCGCACGACACUAUCUUUCAAACAUUAUCAUGUGACCACACCAAAGUGACGCCGUACUUCAUAGAGUCGAUCAACAGCCGCGAAGGGUUCUGGGCAGGACCCUGUUCCAGUCUGUUCUCAUACCUCAUUGGCUGGUGCGAGCCCAAAGACUCGGAGUACGUGCUGAUGGGAGAGCAUCUUACGCGCAAGGCUCGUGGCGUCUACUACGUGACCACCAACGCCAAACCUCCAUAUGCCAGAGGGUUCCCCGGGAAGACUAGACGCCUUAGAUCUGUUUCACCAUACAGCUGAUAACGAUUUAUAAUUUAUUACCAUACCAUAUGAAAUAGGUACAACUGAAAAACCUCAUAACAACUAUUAAAGUAAGAGAGAAUACAAGACAACAUAUUAGUUGAGAAACUAUAAAAUAUAGGAAACAUGUGAUGAUCAUUUAAAAAAUUAGUAGUAGUUUUGGAUUUUCAAUUAAUUUUCAAAGACAUAAUUAAAUAGUUAUGUCUCUCAUAAUACCAUACUACAUAAUUUAUGUUUAAAGUACCAAAUACACACACAUACACUUGCUGUUUGUGUGAUGCAAUAUCAAUGUUACCAUUCCUAAAGAUACUGCCUUAAUUUAAGUUAAAGCUUUAAAUUAUCAAAUUAAUGCGGGAUACAUUAAUGUGAACUCUACCUUUAUUUGAUUAUUUGUUUUAAGUAAAAUGUCUUUAUCGAUGACAAUAUGACAAAAUAUGAACUUUACAACAAAUGAUGUAAUUAUAUUCUUAUGCCGUUGUGUCAUCGUAUUCAAUAAUUUAAUCUGUGGGUGUUAAUUUAUUAUAGAAUAGAGUUUGUGAUAUUAAUUAUUUUGUGUUGGUAAAUUGAAAUUGUGAAUGGUCAUAGUUUAAGUUUUUAAAAUAUAUCAAGGAUUACCUAAAGUACUGUAUUUGAAUUCCCCUUAAAUUGUAUUCCCUAAU